UAAGAACACGCCUUCUCUCUAUCUUCGCUCUGCCUUGCUCACACACUCUCUCUUUCUCUCACACACAGAAAUGGAGAAUCUUCUUUCGGAUCGUGGAAAGGCAAUCCAGGAACUGGAGAGAGGCCGCGAAUUUGCUACCCAGCUUCGCCGGCUCAUUCUCAACUCCAGCGGAGAAGGAGAUGGCGAGGGAACGACACCGUUUGCCCAAGAUCUCGCGGACAAGGUGUUGACCUCCUUUUCCAACGCCCUUUUACUCUUGAAUCUCCACUCUCACGAUUCCCAGAUGCAACAACAUUUUUCUUGCUUGCUUCCCGCUAAAUCUGACGACUCUGAAGAUAGUUGCAAGAGUACUUCCGCCGUCAAGGAACGAGCAAGAGGCUCUUAUAAGAGAAGGAGAACAUCGCAAACAUCGGAGAUAGACUCCGAAACUCCGAUUGAUGAUGGCCACGCGUGGAGAAAGUAUGGUCAAAAGAAUAUAAUGAAUGCUCCAUACCCAAGGAACUACUUCAGGUGCAGUCAUAGGUUUGAUCAGGGAUGCCAAGCAACCAAACAGGUGCAGAGAAUUCAAGAGAAGCCUGAGCUGUACAGGACAACCUAUCACGGCCAUCACACCUGCAGCAGAAACUCGCUGAACAGCGACAUCAUUUUGGAUGCUAAUUCUCCUUCUCGCCCUUCCAUAUUUAUCAGUUUUGACAAUAACCUCCCUGCCAAACAAGCCUUCUUCUCGUCAUCCUCGUCCUCAUCUCUUCCCACGACCAAAACGCAGUGUAAGGAAGAAAUUCCCUCGUCUUCAUCGGAGGAUUACCUACUCUCCCCGGAAUCGAGCCACGAGGAUCCCAUUUCUGAUAUGCUGUACGGCGAUCUGGUCUUUGGGCCUGAGCCCUUCGACUUUUGAUGUAUCGGUUUGCUUUUCGACAUGUAAAGUUGGUUUUAAUUCGUGAGGGUAGUCGUAUCAGCAAGAUAACAGAGCCCGAGCUUCUUCAGACAGAGCUCUGAGCUUUGAACUGUAAAUUAUAAUCUGUACUGGCUUUUGAUUUUUGACUGGUUGGGUGUAAUAAGAAUUUUUCAACGAUCUAUUCCAGAUCGAUAGGCUUUAGAUUUAGACUGUAUCGAGUUUGAGUUGGUCGCAGAAAGCGGAGCAUAUGCUGCAGGGUGAACGGGAUUGAUACAAUGUAGUAAAGAAGGACCGGGGUUUUCAACGAGUGAUUGAUAUGGGUGAAGAACAGUUAUUAAUAAGCACGUCUGUUCUUUGUAUAUGUAUACAAGGGAUUAAGUAACAGUGGUUGGUGGGUGAAGGGUAAAAAUACAGAGAAGAGAAAUGGUAUACGGCCUAAGAGGUUUUGGGUGAAUAUUAGAUAAAGGAAAGUGAGAGUGAGGUUGGGAUAAACGUGUAAUGACGACAAUGGAUUUCACCAAGGGAAGAAGUUAGACCAUAGUUGAAGUGGGUGGUGGGCUCGUCUGUCUCCCUCUGCACGAGAUGCUUUGAAAUUUCUCGUUCCGGAGAGAACACCUUCACGGCUUCAUAUCAUAUCAUUAUUAUUAUUAUUAU